AUGGCGCCAUGCCCCAGCAGAGCCCGUAUCGACAACUAUCAUCCACGCACCGGCAGAGAUGCGCCGGAGAAAAGCCGAAUCCCACCGUUUAGCCGGUUUAUCUGGAUUGCCACUACUCUGGAGCUGUGGUCCCGGGUACAGCGCAGUAGCGCCGCCAGAUCUAAUGUGAUGAUGCGCCCGCCGCUGGGUCGUGCAUUAGCUGUAUUGUUCGAUUACACCGGUGAGAAGAAAACGGUCGGCGCAUGUCUAACCCAACGACACCUCUUUGCCAGCCGGCGCAACGGCUGUCCCCCCAGCACCGAGUACUCGUGCCACCUGCGAGCCAAGCGCCACCAGAAAGAGCACAUUGCAUAUGCUUGUUGA